CUUCCCCGGCCGGCCCGAAGGGGGCGGCCCCAGCCCGGCUUGAGGCGCCGCCCAACUCCCUCCCCUCGAGAGGAGGCGCGGGAAGGAGCGGUUGGCCUAGCUGGGAGGCAAAGGGCACCAUGCAGCAGCCGGGGCCCGGGAGUAUCAACUGCGAGCCGGGCUGGUACCUGUCCGCCCGCGAGCAGGAAGGGGAGCAGGAGUCCACCCCGUUGCUGCCGCCGGCGCCGCUGGGCGAUAGAGCCCUGAAUCAUGCGUCUUCAGGUGUUUCGUUUGGUUUCUCAGUAUUUAAUUUAAUGAAUGCAAUCAUGGGAAGUGGAAUACUUGGUUUAUCCUAUGCCAUGGCCAACACAGGGAUCAUUGGAUUUAGUAUCUUGCUGCUGAUUGUUGCCAGCCUUGCUUCUUACUCUGUAUUUCUGCUGCUUAGUAUGUGCAUUCAGACUGCUGUCACUUCUUAUGAAGAUCUUGGUCUCUUUGCAUUUGGAUCACCUGGGAAGGUUAUUGUGGGAAGUACGAUAAUUAUUCAGAAUAUUGGAGCUAUGUCAUCUUAUCUUUUAAUUGUUAAAUCUGAACUGCCUGGUGCAAUUGCAGGAUUCAUAAGUGGAAAUGACAGCGGGUCAUGGUAUCUUGACGGCAGAGUGCUGUUACUGAUUACUUCAGUCUGCAUUGUUUUUCCUCUUGCACUUCUUCCAAAAAUUGGCUUUCUUGGCUAUACAAGUAGUUUAUCAUUUUUCUUUAUGGUGUACUUUGCUCUUGUGGUUGUAAUAAAAAAAUGGUCUAUCCCUUGUCCACUGACAUUAAACAGCUCUAUAGAGAUCUUACAGAUUUCAUAUUCUACUGAGGAUUGUAAAGCAAAGCUCUUUCAUUUUUCUAAGGAGAGUGCUUAUGCCAUUCCAACCAUGGCCUUCUCGUUUCUCUGCCAUACCUCAGUAUUGCCCAUUUACUGUGAGCUCCGAAGUCCAUCAAAAAGCAGAAUGCAGAAUGUAACCAAUACAGGAAUUGGUCUGAGUUUCCUACUCUAUUUUGUGUCUGCCUUGUUUGGGUACCUUACUUUUUAUGACAAAGUGGACUCAGAAUUACUUCAAGGUUACACCAGGUACCUGCCGCAUGAUAUUGUCAUCAUGACUGUAAAACUAGGCAUGUUAUUUGCUGUGAUUUUGACAGUGCCUCUAAUCCAUUUCCCUGCAAGGAAGGCUGUAAUGAUGAUAUUUUUAUCUCAUCUUCCUACUUCGUGGAUUUGCCAUAUCCUUGUCACUUUAGCACUCAAUGCAAUCAUUGUUUUGCUUGCAUUGUAUGUGCCUGAUAUUAGAAAUGUAUUUGGAUUAGUUGGCUCUACCACAUCUACGUGUUUGCUCUUUGUGUAUCCUGGACUGUUUUAUCUUAAACUUAGCAGGGAGGACUUUAUAUCACGACAGAAGCUUGGGGCUUGUGCAUUGUUUAUUUUUGGCAUAGUUAUUGGUCUCUUAAGUUUAGCCUUAAUCAUUUUCAAUUGGAUUAAUCAAUAAAAUCCCUUCCAUUGCUUCUUGAGCUGGACUUGAGAGAGACAAUUCUCAGCAACAUAUUGCAAAUUCUCAACUGAAUGCUGGACAUCUUCAAGAAGAAACCCUUCAAAAGCUGUGUAUGAAACAAGUAACAUUUUGUUUGUUUACUCUCGUGUCCAUUUCUUUGUCUGGUUUACUUCUCGCACAAUUAAACUCUUCCAUUCUACAAAUAUAUUAGUCUUAAAAUGACUUCACAUGACCCAGGUGAAGGUCACUUUAUGACACGACAUUAUAUAGUGUGCUUACAAUGCAAAAAAUAUUUUGUUUCAGGCUUUCAGAUUUUAAAGGGUCAGAGGUCUGCAUCCUAACACCCAGAGCUGAAAGGGACUUAUUUCCUGAGUUCUGGCUUGGAUUCAGCUGAUUUCCCUUGAGAUGGGCAAAUUUUACAAAAACUUGUACCAUUCAUAAUAUUGAAAGUCUCACAACAGCAGUUAUAAAAGGAUUUGCAUCACUUUCAUUAAAAUAGCUUUCAAAAUUUUACCACCCUCGUAUUGAAAUCUUGAAGCUGAUUUGGUCUCCACACUGUUACCCUACCCAAUAGGAAGAUUUCCCCUCCCACCAGCGUAUUCCUCUAUUUGAAACUGCACUUUUAAAUUAUGUAUAGUUUAUACUUCACUGGAUUUAGGCCUUCUUGGAAUGAGUCUGUCAAAUAAACUCUGUGCCCUUCUAGGAUAUUUGUUGUGUAUUUCGGAAGCGCUAGCAAUCACUGUUGUUUUGCACUUAAGAUCUUCCAGCAUUUCAAUUACAAAUGCCAAUUUUUGAAUAUUGGUCACCUAAUAUGAGUAUUCAAAGCAUUUAGAGCCUGAUUUUUUAACACCCCCCCAACACACACAUGUGUAACUCAAUUAGCUUCCAUAAGUACUCAUAAGUACUACAGCAAGAAGGAACCAUUAUGAUCAUCUAGCCUGAUUUGCAUAAGACAGGCCAUAAAACUUAAUUCAAUGAUUCUGACUUCUAGCCCCAUAAUUUAUGGUUGAACUAGAUUGUGUCUAAAUUUUACACUGGCGUAAGUUAGAGAAGAAUCAGACUCCAAGAGUGAAAUCCUGGGACUAUUGAAGUUAAUGAGACUUUUGCCAUAUAGGACCAGAGUUUCACCCCACAUCGCUAAGCCCUUACAUAUCCCCUUCUGCACUCUUUAUGCUUAAAAUGAAAUACGAUGGCCAUUUUCAGCACCAGUUGGACUUCCUCUGAGCUCUAAUCCACACAAUGCUAAAAAUGGUAUUGGCAGCCCAGAGCCAACAUUGCUUACACCAGAGGAGCUGAAACAGUGAUAGGAAUGAUGGUCAAUUUUUAAAAAUUUCUUUGUUGUUGAGAAUAUAGUUUAAAAUGAAAAUGCUCUAAUCUAUAGGGUUUUUUUUAUCUUCUAAGGAAGUUAAGAUAAAAUGAGACCUACAUAAAGUUAAGUAAUUAGUCCUCAGACUGGAGCAGCAAGAUUUAGAGGCUUGGAAACUUCACUAUUUCCAGAUGUGAUAUUUCUUUUAAUUUGAUUUGCUACUUACUGUUACAUCUGAAAUGUAAAAUAAGAUACAAAAGUGAAAUGCUCUAAAGUAACAUUUAUGCAAUUCAGCUGUAUUUUGCAACUUUAAUUUAAAAUAAACUCAGCUGACACAAUUUUCAGUUGUGCAGUUGAGGGAAGUCGAUGCAAAGAUAGCUCUGAUCGCCAGCUCUAGUCCUGGGCCAACAAAGGGCUAAACAGGGCUGCUUCAACUUCCAACCGCAAGAAUGGGUACAGACCAUUCUGCCAGCCCAGGAUUCCUCCAUGCCAAAGAGAAUUCUCAGCUACCCUUUCGUCUGUCUCUAUAGCAGAGUCAAUGUGCUGCUUUGAUGGAGCAAAGUGACCUGAUCAGAGCCCAGGAUCUGACCUUAGGAGUUUCUGUAGCAUAUUUCUCUUGUCUUCAUGAAUGAACAUAAUAUACCUCAAGGAAGUUUACAGUGUAGCCUUGAGCUGAACCAAACUGUUGGGGAAAGUUUGGGUACCUCUGAACAUAAGAAGUUUCCUGCCUCCUUUGAUCAAGGGAUUGGCAGUGUGGAUUACUGUGGAAGCCUAGAACAAACAAACAUGAAGGAGGCUCUCUGUCCUGCCAUUGAUCCCUCUUGCAAUUAUUCCCACAUUUUACUCCUGAUAAACAAAUAUCACUAUCUUUUCUUUCCAUGGUAUGUUUUAAGUUCCCCCUUCUACUAAAUGUUCGCUGCUCAGAUAUUUCAAUGAGCAGUGUAAAAACCUAAAUCUUGGGUAACCUAAACCUUGGAUAGAUGUUACCCAGCCAUCUUGAGUAAAUGCGACAGUAGGGACAGUUGUGAAUCAACUACUUGUUUUUCAUAUGUGGCCUGAUCCAAAGACCAUUUGAAGUCAAUGAGCAUUGUUCUAUUCAUUUGAAUGAGCGUUGGAUCAGUCUCCAUGUUUACUUGUAGCUUUUUUGCAAGGACACUAGUAAUCUACAAGAAUAUUAAUCAAAAUCAGGGGAAUUUCUGUGGGAAUUCUUUAUUUGACAUACUACUUUGCCCUACUCUCAUAUCUUAAUAUCUAGUAAUAUCUGCAAGACACGAUUAUGGUAAUCUAAAAAGGUAUUUUAAACUGCACAGUAAGUUAACAUUAAAAACUUAACUGGGUGAACUGGAAAGCUUAUAAAAACCUGGCAAGAUCUGCAGUUUUCUUAUGCC